AUGUCGAGCUGCACAGCGAGUGAGUUUGCGGGCAGCGACGCCAGCGGAUCGUUUCACCUCAUCGAUCCCGACACAGACCUCACGGUGAUGGGAGAGCGCGGGGUGGGCAGCGCGGCGCAAAGCAGCGUGGGGGUGAUGGAGGCGGCGGAGAGUGGCAUGCAGAUGGAAAGUUGCAUGAGUGACAUCUCGCAGUCCGCCUGGAGUGCGCUGGCAAUGACACAGCUCGAGAAGGCGUUCGUCUCGGCGCCCUGGCAGUCAUCACCCGACUGCUCACCGUCGUUUUCAGCACGUCGCGGUUUGGAAUCCACCACACCCUUGCACGGUGACCAGCCUGCAGACGAAGCGGCCAUCAUGGGCAAACAUGUUUCUUCGACCCUGCCGCGCCUGGUGCGAAGUAAUGAUAACAGUAGUAAUGGUGUUGAUGGGCAGAACAAGGAGAAUGGGCCGCCCCAGUCCUUUUUGUAUGCCUUUGACCAGGCGUCACCACACAUAUCCGCUGUGGAUAAGAAUGGGGACACGAGUGCAUUCACUUCUGCAUCUUCAAGGGAGAAGUUGGAGGUGCAGAACGCCCUUCUUCGGGCACAGUUGGCGGAGGCAAACAAAAAUAGCGUACAUUACAUGCUGCUUCACGAGCAAGUUCAGGAGGAGUUGCAAAACCUAUACAGGGCAUUCUCAUUACUUCUGCAUGGUGACACUGAGAAUUAA